CUAGAAGCGGAUUUCUCACUUUUAAUUGGCUCUUCUUGCUGUCCGUCUUUAUUUUAUUUAUCCCUCAUUGGUUUAAGGGUAAGGCGGGCGUUUUUUUGAGGCUCGCCUCUCAUUGGCUAAGUUGCCUGUCAAUCAUUAACAUCUGCCUUCCCAUUGGCUGGCGCUUGGCGGGAGAAGACAGUUUACUCCGAGACGGCUCCGGGGUCCGCGCCCGAGCUGCCCCCGAUCCCCGAUCCCCGAUCCCCGAUCCCAAUCCCCGAUCCCAAUCCCGCGGCCAUGGAGCGGCAGCAGGAGCUGAAGGUGCUGCUGAAGCGCUGGGAAGCGGAAUUCCUGCGGGAGCGGCGGCGCAAACCCAGCCAGGCCGACAUCGAGGAGGCUCCAGAGGAAACCCGCAAGCUCUACAAGGAGUACAAGAUGCUGAAACAGCAGGGAAAAACCUCGGAUUCAGCAGGAAAAUUGGAAUCCCAGGAAAUCCCAAAAAUUCAGCAGGUGGAAGAUUCCGGAUUUUGGGGCUCUCACCUGAACCGGGCACCGAAAAUUCCCGGGAAAAGCCGGAGCAGGAGCGCCAGGCCGGGAAUUUCGGCCGAGUUUUAUGGGAUGAAGCUCAAAGCCAAACUGGGAAUGACUGGGAAGGAACCCCCCCUGACCCCUCGGAGGACCCCAAAUCCCAGGAGAAUCCCAAAAAUUCCCCAAUCCCAAAAAACUCCGGAGCCGGAACAGAACGAGGGAAAAUCCAAAAAUCCCGAAAAAUCCGGAGAUUCCCAGGAAUUCGACGUGGGCAAAUCCGAAAAUUCCGGAGAUUCCUGGAAAUUCGACAUGGGCAAAUCCCAAAAUCCCGAAAAAUCCGGAGAUUCCCGGGAAUUCGACGUGGGCAAAUCCGAAAAUUCCGGAGAUUCCUGGAAAUUCGACGUGGGCAAAUCCCAAAAUCCCGAAAAAUCCGGAGAUUCCCGGGAAUUCGACGUGGGCAAAUCCAAAAAUCCCGAAAAAUCUGGAGAUUCCCAGGAAUUCGACGUGGGCAAAUCCAAAAAUCAUGAAAAACUCAGAGAUUCCCAGGAAUUCGACGUGGGGAAAUCCAAAAAUCCUGAAAAAUCCGGAGAUUCCCGGGAAUUCGACGUGGGCAAAUCCGAAAAUUCCGGAGAUUCCUGGAAAUUCGAUGUGGGCAAAUCCAGAAAUCCUGAAAAAUCCGGAGAUUCCCAGGAAUUCGACGACCUCGUCCUUCUUCCCUCCAUGCCAAGAUUGGGAUUAAAUCCCAAUUUUCCCUCCAUUCCCGAAAAAUUCCAGCUGCUGAAGCAGAGGGUGGCCCAAACUUUGGGAUCGCUGGAUCCGGGCUGGAUCCAGAGGUGCCAGGAAUCGCCGGAAAACCGGGAAUUCCCGGCGGGAUCGGUGAGGGAAGAAGGGGAAUCCGUCGGGAAUUCCGCCAGGAAAAGGCCGCGGGAAGGCGGCGGCGGCGCCGCUGAGGCUCCGGCCAAGCUCCAGAGGGGCCUCCGAGGAGCAAAUCCGGGAAUUUUUGGGAUGAGGCAAAUCCAGGAGGAAAAGGAGGAGGAGGAAGAGCGGCUGGAAUCCCGAAACGGAGCCGGGAAGGCACCGGAGGGCUCGGAAAAAAUCCUGGAGAAGGAGGGAAAAGCCAAACGUGGAGCUCGAGCCCCGCCCCGGAACGGCGGGAAUUUCGUCCGCCUCAACCUGAAGAGAAAAACUUUUUCCCGCGGAUUCCUGAGGGGAAAAUUCCUUCGCAAACAGGUUUGGAAGCAAAAAUGGAGAAAAAAGUUCGGGGGCGGAGGCGAUCUUUGCUUCCGAUGUGGCGGCAAAGGGCACUGGGCGUCGGAAUGCCGAGAGAAGGAUUUGGGCUCGUUCUCGGGGAAAAUUGCGGAGGAGGAGGAGGCGCUUCCCACGCUGGAAGAAGCGGCCCGAAGGAGCUGCAGCGAUUUUAUCCCGGAGAUUCCCGAUGGUGAAUCCAACGCAGAAAAUUCCCAGCUCAGCCCAAAUUCCCUGGAUUUCCCUCAGCCGGAAUUCUCCCCGCCAUCCCCUCCUCCACCUCCCGUGGAUCCCCUUUACCCCCCAAACCCCGACGGGACAAUCCCAGAUCCUCCGGAAGAAGUCCUGGAAGCCCUGAGAAUUUUGGGAUACGAAUCCUUCCGGCCCGGCCAGGCUGAGGCCAUCAUGAGAGUCCUUUCUGGAAUCUCCACGCUGCUGCUGUUACCCACAGGGGCGGGCAAAUCCCUGUGCUACCAACUCCCGGCUUUCCUCUACCACCGAAACUCCGGCAGCCUCUCCCUGGUGAUUUCCCCGCUCGUCUCCCUCAUGGACGAUCAGGUUUCCGGUCUCCCCUCAGCCCUCAAAGCCGUCUGCAUCCAUUCCAACCUGUCCCAAUCCCAGCGGGAAGCAGCCAUGGAAAAAGUCAGGAGCGGCCAAGCCCAGAUCCUGCUGCUUUCCCCGGAAUCUCUGGUGAGAUCCGGAGGUUUUUCCCGCUUUUUCCGGGAUUUGCCUCCCGUGGCUUUCGCCUGCCUGGAUGAGGCUCACUGCAUCUCCCAGUGGUCCCACAACUUCCGACCCGCUUACCUGCAGGUCUGCCAGGUUCUCCGGGAGCGUUUGGGCGUCCGCUGCUUCCUUGGCCUCACAGCCACGGCCACGGCGGCCACGGCGCGGGACGUGGCACAGCAUUUGGGAAUUCCGGCGGAAAACGGGAUCGGCAUCAUCGGCGCCGCCGGAAUUCCCGAGAAUCUGCAGCUCACGGUUUCCAUGGACCCCGACCCCGACCAGGCGCUGCUGGAGCUGCUCCGUUCCGGGCCGUGGCGCCCCGGGGAUCCCCUGCUCAUUUACUGCCCCCGGCGCUGCCAGAGCGAGCGGCUGGCGGAGCUCAUCCAGCGGGAAUUCCCGGGAAUUCUGAACCAGGAAAAACCCGGGAAGAGCCGCGGGAAGGGGAAAGUUCCAGAACUCCGCGUGGCAGCCGCGUACCACGCCGGGCUGGCGCCGCGGGAGCGCCGGCGGCUGCAGAGGGAGUUCAUGGAGACAUUGGGGGAAUUGGGCAGAGGAAAGUUCCAGAACUCCGCGUGGCAGCCGCGGAAAGUUCCAGAACUCCGCGUGGCAGCCGCGUACCACGCCGGGCUGGCGCCGCGGGAGCGCCGGCGGCUGCAGAGGGAAAAAAAAUCCACAAAAUCCUGGAAAAACCCAAUAAAAACUCCUCAAAAUUGCUGUUUUUUUCCAGGGAAACUUCCAGAACUCCGCGUGGCAGCCGCGUACCACGCCGGGCUGGCGCCGCGGGAGCGCCGGCGGCUGCAGAGGGAGUUCAUGGCCAACAGGAUUUGGAUCCUUUGUGCCACCGUGGCCCUGGGGAUGGGGCUGGACAAGCGCGACGUGCGCGGCGUCGUCCACGCCGGCGGCGCCGGCAGCCUGGAGAGCCUCGUGCAGGGAAUCGGCCGUGCCGGCAGGGACGGGAACCCCGCGCGCUGCCACAUCUUCCUCAGCCCUCAGGGUGAGGAUUUCCUGGAAUUCCGGCGCCACAUCCACGAGAAUUCCGUGGAUUAUUUGACUGUCAAGACCUUGAUCCAAAGAGUUUUUGCUCCUUGUAAAUGCCUGGAAAUCCAUGGAAAAACCCAGGAAAAUUCCGAGGAAUUCCCAAAACAUCCCCGGAUCUGCCGCGGCCACGAGCGUGCCAUCCCCAUCCAGGAGCUCGUGGAAUCCUUGGAUCUUCGGGAAGAAGCCGUGCAGACGCUGCUGUCCCUUCUCCAGCUGCAUCCGCUGCAGCCCCUGCAGCCGCUGCCGGCGCUGCCCAGCCGGGCCCGCCUGAGGAUCCCAACGGGAACUGGGACCGGACUGGAGCUGCUGCGGGAGGCGGCGCAGAGCUGCCCCCCCUUGGGAUUUCUCCUGGCUCGGAAGGCGUCGGGAAUUUCGGGAAUUUCGGGAACGCUGGAAUUCGACGCCGUGGCCUUGAGCGAUUCCAUGGGGCUGGGAAUUCCACAGGGUCCGCGAGAGCCUCCAGAGCCUCCAGUGGGACUCACGGAGAGCCAUAAAAAUUCCAGGAAUUCUGUGAGGAAAGUCCUGGGAAUUCCACGGAAAUUUUGGAAAAGCUCCGGGAUCCGCGUGGAAUUCCGGGAAUUGUCGUUCCGGUUCCGCGCCCUCGGGGACCUGUCCGGGCCGGAAUUGGAUUCGCUCUGCGCCUUCCUCCACUCCCAAGGGAUCGCCCGGGAGGAGGCGGAGCUGCGGCGCCUCCGGAGCUGCUUCCGCGCCCUGCGCAGCGUGGCCGCCCCGUGCUGCCUCCCCGCGGCUCCGGAGGAGAAUUCCCGGCUCCGGGAGCGGCUCCGGGAACAUUUCCAGAGAGAGGAGGAGGAGGAGGAGGAGGAAGAGCCCGGAAUGGACCCGGAGCAGGAAGAGGAAAUCCGAGCGGAGAUCCGGAAGUUUCUGGCGGCGCAUCCGGACGAGGAAUUCUCGGGAAGAGCCGUGGCCAGGAUCUUCCAUGGAAUUGGCUCUCCCCGGUUCCCGGCUCAGAUCUUUGGGCGGGAUCGGCGCUUCUGGAGGCGCCUCCUGCACGUGGAAUUCCGGAGCCUUUCCCGCUUGGCUUCCCAGGAAAUCCUGGCCUUCAGAUGAGGGAAAAACCCGGAAAAACAGCGGGAAAACAGCGGGAAUUCCACCUGAAAAUUCGGGAUUUUAUCGGGAUUUUAUUAGGAUUUUAUACCGAUUUUAUUCCAAUUUUAUUGGGAUUUUAUUCCAAUUUUA